CUAGGAGAUUAACGGAAAAUAAACAGAAAACAUAAAAACAAACGAAAAGAAAGUGUUCUGCCCACCUUCGCGUUCAAAAUUCCCUUUCUCGCACCUAUACGUUUAAAACACCCCUACAAAUUUUCAAAACCAAAGCGCCCUUCUUUAUAAACCAAUCGCCGUCGCCGUUUCCGCGGAUAUCACCUGCUCCGUCCGAUCUUCCGGCGAGGAGGGGCGCCAUGGAGAUAUCUCCUUCUCCAAUCGGUUCCUGCAACAAAGAGUUCCAGAAGAUCUUCAACGAUUGGUUCAACUACGCCGAUUCAGAUGGAGACGGUAGAAUUACUGGCAACGACGCUAUUAAAUUCUUCGGCAUGUCGAAUUUGCCUCGUCCCGAUCUUAAACAGGUGUGGGCUAUGGCGGACACGAAGAGGCAAGGAUACCUUGGAUUUAAGGAGUUCAUCAUCGCUAUGCAGUUAGUUUCCCUGGCACAAUCUGGGAAGGAGAUAUCAAGUGAAAUCCUGCACAGCGAUGUUGAUUUUGAAAAUGUGCCUCCUCCCAUGAUGGAAGGUUUAGCGGAACUUUUAGCUAAGAAAAGGAGGCCGACCUCCAGAUCAGCUGAUUUUGAUGCUAAUGGUAUUCCUCCGGUUGAAACCUCACCUUCGGGACGUUGGUUUUCUUCUUCGAAAUCUGUAAAGAAGGAGAAAUCCCUGUGCUUGCUUUCUGUUGCUCAGGUCCCACUAUCCUCUGUGACAUCCAUAGUUGAUGGUUUGAAGAAGCUGUAUCUUCAAAAGCUGAAGCCAUUGGAAGUUACUUACCGCUUUAAUGACUUUGUAUCUCCACUAUUGACAAAUAGUGAUUUUGAUGCCAAACCCAUGGUUAUGCUAUUGGGCCAGUACUCCACAGGGAAAACUACAUUCAUAAAACAUCUACUUAAAAGUAGCUAUCCUGGAGCUCAUAUUGGACCCGAACCUACCACAGACAGAUUUGUGGUUGUUAUGUCUGGACCAGAUGAGAGAAGUAUUCCAGGUAAUACUGUGGCAGUUCAGGCAGACAUGCCAUUCAGUGGACUAACAACUUUUGGAACUGCAUUUCUGUCAAAAUUUGAAUGUUCUCAAAUGCCGCAUCCUCUGCUGGAGCAAAUCACAUUUGUAGACUCACCUGGAGUGCUAUCUGGAGAAAAGCAACGAAUCCACCGGGCUUAUGAUUUCACGGGCGUGACGUCAUGGUUUGCUGCAAAGUGUGACCUUAUUCUGCUUCUCUUCGACCCUCACAAACUUGAUGUUAGCGAUGAGUUCAAGCGUGUCAUUUCAUCUCUACGUGGGCAUGAUGACAAGAUUAGGGUGGUUCUGAACAAGGCAGACCAAGUUGAUACACAACAACUAAUGAGAGUUUAUGGAGCCUUGAUGUGGUCAUUGGGGAAAGUCCUCAAUACUCCUGAAGUUAUGCGUGUCUAUAUAGGCUCAUUCAACGACAAACCAGUUAGUGAAGAUGCUGUUGGGCCACUUGGUAAGGAGCUUUUUGAGAAAGAACAGUCUGACCUUCUCUCUGAUCUAAAAGAUAUACCUAAGAAGGCUUGUGAUCGCAGAAUCAAUGAAUUUGUGAAGCGUGCUAGGGCUGCAAAGAUACAUGCUUACAUUAUCAGCCACCUUAAAAAGGAGAUGCCAUCCAUGAUGGGUAAAGCAAAGGCUCAGCAAAGACUAAUCGAUAAUUUGGCAGACGAAUUUGGAAAGGUUCAAAGGGAGUUUCACUUACCUCCAGGUGAUUUCCCAAAUGUAGAGCAUUUCAAGGAGGUUUUAAGUGGUUACAACAUCGACAAGUUCGAGAAGUUGAAGCCGAAAAUGAUCCAAGCUGUCGAUGACAUGCUCGGGUAUGACAUCCCCGAUCUCUUGAAGAACUUCAAAAACCCUUACGACUAAGAGGGAAAUCGAUCCCGGGGAUCAUAGCAGCAGCCAUCUUCUCCGAUCGAGAUUCGCCGGCCGGAGGAACCCAAAUGUGCUUACGUAGUCAUGACUGCAGAUUGGUUUGUUUAUUGAUCGGCAGUGGGCCUGCAGACGAUUGCCCACUCCGAUAAACUGACCGACGCCUGGCUCUUCUCCCAGUUCCGGCUGAAAGAUGAGGCUUCGAACCCACCGGCGGCGAAGCUAUCCAUCUCCUCAUCCAGCCGCCGUGCCGGCGAUUUCUUCCCCUGAGUCCUCUUGUUACUAUUAAACUUCGUGUUGUUAUUUCCUCCUCGUCCUCUGUAAUUCCAAUCGUCUUCUGCCGCGAAGCUCUCCUCCACUUCCUCCAUCCUCCCAUUCGCCGAUUUCCUCGCCCCGACGAAAUUCGGGCUUCCGCCGCCGCCGCUCUGAUUCAUCCACUCCUCUGGAGAACCGGCGUAACUCUCCUCCUCUAUAACAGCUCUGGCGACGGCGCUCUGCUUCCGGCCAGAGUGUCUCCCUCCUCCUCCGGCGCCGCCGCCGCCAGGGUAGCUGGACAAGCUGUUGGAUUUCCUGUGGUUUCCACCCCCUUCUAGUUUCCCCUCCCCUCGUUUCCUUCCGCCGCUGCCGGAGCUAUUCUGGGGAGUGACGACGGGUUUGGAUCUGUGCCGGCGCUUUAUUUCAUCGGAAUCGGCAUCGUUGCUGACAAUCUGCGGUUUACAGACGAAGCAGGAGAAGAGCUGAGGCGCCAUAACAUCCAAUUCGGAUGGAAAACGCAAAAGAAUUUGAUGCCAAUUAUAUGAUUUUGAUGGAAGAAAAUGUGGUGGUGGAACGGCUCUGUUUUUAUAUAUAUGAAGAAAAACAGAGUCGGUCGCCAUUUGGACAAUGCUUAUGGAAAAGAAUGACGGAGGCGGCGGGAAUCGGAGGCCUGCAGCUGCCGGGGUUGUAUAUCGUUCAUGGGUUGGCAGCGAGGGGAGGCGCCGGCGAUGGUAACGAGAAGGAAGAAGCAGCUGGGUAUAAAAAUGAAAAUGGCGGUUGGUGGUGGCCGGUGGAAGGAGAUGAAUAAUGGGGCGAUGAAAUCCGGCAAAUGGGUAGUCCGGCAGAAUUAUGCUGUUUACACUUUACAGUGUGAGGAGGACACUAGUACUUGUGAAAAAAUAGAUGUGAAUUAGAUACUUUUAAUU